AUGGACUCUCCAACGCGUCCAGUCCUCAGUCCCACCAAGGUCCUACACCCGGUAUCGCCGGAACGCAUGAAUCAACAAACAAUUCCCGCCUCGCCCUCCCUCCCUACCGAUCUUCUAUCUUUGCACCACAAAAAUACGAGGGGUGUUUCGGAAGUCCAAGCGAAAGUGGCCUUCUUAAACAAUCUUUCUCGUCAGGCCAGCCCGGCGGCUCAGGCGCAGGCCGCUGCCCAAAAUGCCGCCUUACAGAGGGCCAUCCUCGGUCGCGAAGAGGCCGAGUCUACCCUGGAAUCAGUCCAGGAAGAAUUGUCUGAAGCACAGUCUCGUGAACGUCGCAUCAGUGAGAGACUUGAAUCUCUUAUGGAAGAAUUGCACGGUGCCAAAGAGCGCCAGGCCCACGAACGCUCAAUUUUCGAAAAAGAGAUUCGGAAGGCUCGCAAGGAAGCAUUUCGAGCGGGGUCUACUUUGGUGAGACUGCAGGAGGAACUGAAGCACGCAAAGUCCGAAGCCAAGGUCCUGAAAGAUGAAGUCGCGGCGCAACGCGAGUCAAAGGAUACUGCCAGGCAAGAGGCCUUUGAGCGCGCAUAUGCUCUCGCGGGACUUACUGAGGAGCUCGAAGUUCUCAAGGGCAAGCUUCGCUCUAUGGAAGCCUCCAACCACUCCAAUACCCUUCAAGUUCGGGCUCACGAAAUCCGUAAGGAGGAUUUCGGCAGACUAUCGCUCGCCGAGGGGGACCUCGCGUUCCUGACAACCCCGCGUCGGCCGAAACGCGCCGCCGCUGGUUCCGUGAAAUCUCCAGCACCCGAACUCGAAUCCCUCGAUGUCGAAGCCACGCCUCCAAAAAGACAGCGACUGUCCGAGUGUACCACUACUGCGGGGGAUGAUCAAGUCGCCCCAGAGAACGAUUCGUCGGAAUCUUACAACGAGGCGCUAGAGGAGUUGCAAGAUGAGCUAGAGCUCGAGCGUCGUCGGAGAUCUGAAGCCGAAGAGAUGGUACAUUUUAUGAACAUCGAGUGUCAGUUCGAGCGAUGUUCCUGCCGGAUCGCCGAAACACAGGGCCGCCGGUACAUCUACGACGAGGACUACUACGAAAAGUUCCAGAAGGCGCAGUUGGAGGUACAAGCAGCAGCGGCAGCGAAGGCAGAGACAGAGGCACAGGCACAGGCACAGGAGGACGCAGCUCGCCAAGCCCAAGCUUCGUUGAGCCCCCCUACUCCCACCAACCACCACAUCCAACAUACCCCGGUCCGCCAACAACCCGAACUCCCAGCCAAGACAAUCAAGACUGAACCGACCGACCCGCCCGAAAAGAUGCCUAUGCCCGCUGAGCCGCUGGUCACAUUCUCUCCCGAGACGGGAACGUUUACGACGUAUCCGUCACCGCUGCGAGAUAACGUCAAGGCUCGUCGAACCGACUCGUUCGCCUCUCCGGGAAUGAGGCACUCCAAUGCUAAUUCCAAUUCCCACCGCGACUGGUGUAACUCCGCAAUUUCGGCAGCCUCCUCGAUUCACCAAGUCGAAUCUCACACCCCAACUGCAGAGCCCGUUCCUUCGCGGAUGAUCCACAUUGCGCCUUCUGAAACCGCUGCAGUUGAGCCCGUGCCCGCUCCGGAACCCAUGGAUGUAAGACCCUCCCGACGUCAGGAACGAGAGGAGUAUCAGCCUCACCAGUCGAUGACGAAAAGAAUUCCGCUCCGUGAAGCGACCGAAUCACAGGGUUCUUCUGGGCUUGUUCAUGAUACUCCUAUCAACCGGGAGGAAGCAUUGGCUCAAAUCAGGGCGAGACGCAGCCGUGCUCGCAGUAAGCAACGGUCCGUUAGCGCAAAUGAAGCUACUGGACGGUCUGCUGGGUCUACUGGAAGCGUUAAGUCGACUCCUGGCCGAACCGCCAAGCGUGUUCCGAAUCUGCGCGCUGAUUCGAGAGGUGAGAACGAUGUGAAUGAACGUCGGGACCUCAGUGCCCCUGUUCGCAUGUUCCGACGUUAA